AUGGGUUUUAACAUGCACUAUGCGUGUUGCGCACUUGCCGUGGACAUUGUCAGAUUCAGAGAUGGAAUCGACGUCCAGAAAUGCAGAUGGCUUGAAAGACCUGAAUUGGAGAUGGGAGGGAACUUAUCCCGCUUUGGGCACCCUUUUCCUCGGCUUCGUUGUUGUCGCCGCUGGAGAGCAACCAUUGAGGUGAAGGUGUCUCCUGCAUCUCAACGUGCCACUGUACAGGUUCCACCUGGAUCUGUUCCUGGUGUCACCCGUGUUGCAGUCAAUUGCCAGGGUAGGAUCUUCACUACGGUGCUGCCUAAGGAUGCAGCCCCUCGUCACAGUGUCGAGGUGACUUUGGAAAAGAAUCCUGUUCAGGUGAGCUGUCAUGUCUUCAAGCGGCCAGCACACCUUCGGGCAUUGGUUCCUGCUGAUGCCAUUCCAGGUGUUUCUACCAUUUAUACACGAGGUGACAGGGUGCUUGAGAUCACAGUUCCGCAGAAUGCAAAGCCCGGAGACACGUUGUUGGUAAGUUCAAGCAAACCGCAGAAUUUUCACUUGCGAUCUCUGUCAUUUCCAACAGUUACCUUUGCUCCUGUCGGACCUCAGCAAGACCACCGACGGCACGAGACAUUGCAGCUACUGCUAGAGGAGAGCGGUGGUAUGUGGAAUCCGAAAAUAGAAAGGGCCAGCACUGAUAGACUUACAGUGCCUGGAAUUGUGACAAAUCAUUGCAUCUCCAAAGGUGAGGUGCUUGUGAGGUGUCCACCAGACUUACUUCUCUCACCAAUGGCAGUGCGAGAACUGGCUCCUGAGUGCGCCAUCAUGGUGGCUGAAGCAGCUCAUCAAGUGUCUUUUGAUUCAGACAAUAUCGACCUAGCCCUUCAAGCGACGUUUUUGGCAAGCUGGAUUACUGCCAUUGAAGACUCCAGAUUUGGGAAGGUUGCCAUCCAUGAUUUGGCAAAGCAAAAGGUAUGGGGAGCCUUUUUGCAAGUACUGCUUUGCGAGACUUUUGCCCAACACCCCUACAGACUUGCAGCGCAGGAUCCAACAGCCUUCAAGUCUUUGCUGUCUCCAUCUUGUGAGGCCGAUUUGAUUGAAUACUUGUCUUGGACAAUCAUGCAGUGGUAUGAUGCGCUUUCCAGCACUUUUUCCAUCGAUUUUUCAGUUGAGCAAUUUCUUCGGGGCUGGCUGAUGGUGAUCACCCGUGCUUUUGAUUUGGAGGGGACUCGCACAACUUUGGUACCUGGUCUUGACUCUUUCAAUCAUGAUCCGAAUCGAGCCUCUGCGCGUCCCGCCCCCGAUGGUAUGGGGGGCAUGUUGGUGGCGGCAACACGAGAUAUUGAAGCGGGUGAGGAGGUGUUUUUUACAUAUAGCCAGCUUUCGAUCUCUGAGCUCUACCGGACCUAUGGCUUCACGUUGCCCUUGGAAGCAAUGCGGCACCAGACAUUCACAGUGUUGCCCAGCAGGGUGCGCUUCUUGUUGCUGAAACACCUCCCACCUAGCCACGCUGGACUACUUAUUGAAUUUCAUAGUGCCGUGCUACACCCAACGGUGGUUGCUGCUCUGAAGGCCUGUGCAAGCCAGGGAAAGAGCUACACCAAGUUCUUGCGGGAAUUGCUCCGGUUUUUCUCAGAAGCUUAUGACCGUGACCCACGAAUGAAGGAAGCUAUUGUGACAAAAACUGCAAGUACAGAUGUACUUCGAGUCAAACUAAGUGAGUAUCGAUGCAUCCAACGAUACUUGAAGAGCUUAGAUGACGAAACAAAUGACCUGAACAACAUGCUGCAGAGAGUCGUCGGGGAAAAGGGCCAGAAUUUGCAGAGCCCAGGACUCCAGGACGUAUUUUGA